GUGGGUUUUUUUUUUCUUUUUCUUUUUGAGCAUCCGUACUAUCGUGGUUUCAAUUCCCCUUCCACAUCUCAUUCCGUCGGUGUCCAACUCCAAUCCUCCAAUGUCGCGUGGAUAACACUGCUCGGGGAGUGUUGACUAUUUAAAUAGAUCCCACUCCCAUCGCCGACCACUAGCCACUUCGGCCAUGGCCGGACUCCGUCCCUCUCGCCCCUCCGCCGCUUUCCGCGCCUUCUUCUCUUACAAGGUCUUUGCCUCUGCCCUCUUCACCCUCCUCUUCCUCGCCGCCCUCUCCGCCUUCCUCUCCUCUUCAUCCCCUUCCCACCACUCCCCCACCUUCGCCCUCCGCCGCCAUCGGUUCCUCGCCUCCGACCCCCUCCGCGCCCGCGUCGACCUGAUCUACCGCCAAGCCGCUGACCACUCCGUCCUCGCAAACGCCUACGCAGCUUACGCCCGCCGCCUCAAGCUCGACUCCUCCCGCCAGCUCCACGUCUUCGAGGGCCUCGACGAUUCGCUCUCCGAUCUCUCCCUCCGCCUCGCAGGAACGGUCGUCGACGAUGAAGACGCCCUUCGCGCCGUCGAGAAGGAGGCCAAGGACCGCAUCAAGUUUGCCCGCCAGCUCGUCGGCGAGUCCAAGGAGGCAUUCGAUACCCAGAUCAAGAUCCAGAAGCUCCGUGAUACCAUUUUCGCCGUCCGCGAGCAGCUCCACCGCGCCAAGAAACUAGGCGCUCUCUCUGGCUCCAUCGCCGCCGGAUCCACGCCCAAGAGCCUCCACUGCCUCGCCAUGCGCCUCAUGGAGGAGCGGAUCGCCCAUCCCGAGACGUAUCGCCACGCCGCUGCUGCCGCCCCGUCGGAUCCCGAACUCUACCACUACGCCAUCUUCUCCGACAAUAUCAUUGCCGUCUCUGUGGUGGUUAACUCUGCCAUCAAGAAUACGAAGGAGCCCUGGAAGCACGUUUUCCACGUCGUCACCGAUCCCAUGUACCUGGCCGCCAUGCAGGUCUGGUUUGUCCGCCGGCCGCCUACUGGCGGUGCCAAGGUGGAGGUGAGAUCUGUGGCUGAGUUUGAGUUCUUAAAUGCCUCCUAUUCUCCGGUUGUAAGGAUGGUGGAGGGUGGGAGGCGGGACCUGUCGUUGCUUCAUUACCUGAGGUUCUACCUGCCUCAAAUGUUCCCUAAACUUAGGCGGAUCGUUCUCCUGGAGGAUGAUGUGGUAGUACAGAAGGACCUGGCGGGGCUUUGGAGCGUUGAUCUGGAUGGGAGGGUGAACGGGGCCGUGGAAACGUGCUUCGGGGUUUUUAAGAGGUAUAACAGGUACCUGAACUUCUCAAAUCCUCUAGUUCAGCGCCAGUUCAGCUCGCGAGCGUGCGCUUGGGCCUACGGAGUUAACGUCUUCGACCUCGAUGCCUGGAGAAAGGAGAGACUCACGGAACAAUUCCAUGAGUACCAGAGCCUGAAUGAGGACGGAACUCUUUGGGAUCAAUCAUCUGUUCUUCCAGCAGGACUAGCUACCUUCUACACUACCACAAAACCACUGAAUAAGACAUGGCAUGUUCUGGGUCUUGGUUACAACCCCAGUGUAAGUCUUGACGAGAUUCAAAAUGCGGUGGUAAUUCAUUUUGAUGGUAACAUGAAACCAUGGCUAGAUGUGGCCCUAAACCAAUACAAGCAUCUCUGGACCAAGUAUGUCGAUACUGAAAUGGAUUUUCUCCAGCUUUGCAACUUCGGCCUUUAACUAAAGAUGAUUCAAAGAAUUGGUUUAGAGUUGGUACUUGAAAGAUGCACUCUAUUAUAUCAUUUGCCAAAAUUUUCUUUUCUGUUCUCUUGGAUUUUGUAGAUUUGUCUCCGUAUUCUUUAUCUCCUGUGUAUUCACAGGGAUAAGUAGUAACUAUUCGUGCUAAAAGUCAACAGAUGUUUUGUUUUAAAUGCAUGCCGCUGCACAAGGCGCAGUGCCAUUCCUUCA